GCCAGCACGGGCCAGCGCUGCCAGUCGAGGUUUGUCCGUCCGUCCACAAGGACUAUACAUUCCACCUCAGUCACUUACAAAGUUUAUCCCCGAAAAAGUCGUGAAUUGUAUUCCGAGUGUUCCACAAACGUGAUUGUACCAAUGUUGACAUAUUACUGAUCCAGUGUAUUUAGUUCUGUGAUUUAAGAUGGCCAGAACCGUGGUAACCAGAAUAGUGACGCUUGGUUUACUGCUCACUGCAACGUACGGACAAAUCCCCGACACCCAAUAUUCUAAUGAAGAUACCACGCUAAAUCUGAGUGAUGUAGAAGGCCGUCAGAGUGGUUCUGAUCUGGAGUUCCGCUAUCACGACCAUGAGGAACUCACAAGGUACCUACGGGCGGUUUCGGCGAAGUAUCCGGCCCUCACUGCCCUCUACUCUAUUGGGAAAUCUGUGGAAGGUCGUGACCUGUGGGUGAUGGUUGUUUCGGCGUCGCCUUAUGAGCACAUGAUCGGAAAACCUGAUGUGAAAUAUGUGGCCAACAUCCAUGGUAACGAGGUCGUCGGACGGGAGCUGCUGCUACAUCUCAUACAGUACUUGGUUACAUCUUAUGAAACAGAUUCAUAUAUAAAAUGGCUGCUUGAUAACACGAGGAUUCACCUGAUGCCGUCUAUGAAUCCUGAUGGUUUCGCCAACUCUAACGAAGGUCAAUGCGGCACCAUUGUCAAGCCGAACACGAUGCAGCCGCAGCCGGAGACGGAGGCGGUCAAGGAGUGGAUCAGCAAGAUACAGUUUGUGUUGUCAGGCUCGCUGCACGGUGGCGCCCUCGUCGCCUCCUAUCCCUUCGACAACACACCCAGUGCUAGUCCCCUCAACGCAGUGUUCCAAAGAUACACACCGACGCCGUCUAUCGCGCCGGACGACGACGUCUUCCGUCACCUGUCGCUGGUCUACUCCAAGAACCACGCCAAGAUGUCGCGAGGCGUGUCCUGCAGGUCUCACGUGCCCAGCUUCAAGGACGGCAUCACUAACGGUGCCGCCUGGUAUCCGCUUACAGGUGGAAUGCAGGACUACAACUACUUGUGGCACGGGUGUAUGGAAAUAACUUUGGAAAUUUCGUGUUGCAAAUAUCCACCAGCGCACGAACUGCCCAAGUAUUGGGCCGACAACCAACAGGCGUUGAUCAAAUACCUGGCGGAGGCUCACCGCGGCGCGCACGGCUUCGUAAUGGACGAGAACGGCAACCCAGUGGAGCGCGCGUCCGUCAGAGUUAAGGGCCGUGACGUCACCUACCACACCACCAAGUACGGAGAGUUCUGGCGCAUACUCUUGCCCGGCACCUACCGCCUUGAUGUGUCAGCAGAGGGCUACAUACCACAAGAAGUAGAAUUUAUUGUCAUUGACAGCCAUCCCACUCUGUUAAAUGUAACUCUUCACUCCGCUAAACGUAUCGACAACGGAGGAUACUACCGGCCGCUGGUGCCGCGCCCACCGCCUGCGCCCGCGCCGGGCUUCUUUGCCUCCAUCACAAACUCCUUCCAAAACCUCGUCAGCAAUUUCCUUGGAUAAAUAUAAAAUACACAACCUUCAUUUACAAUUGUUAAUAUAUUAUCACAUGUUUUUCUCAUUGGCAGCUACAUGAAACGAAAUGUAUUUUAACCGUAGGUUUCCAUUACUGGGAUACUUCCACAUAAACAAACUAUCAUCGUCGUUCUUUCUCUUAAAAAAAUAGGCAGUGAGAGAUAAAAAUAUAUAUAUCUAAGUAUAUUAACAACAAUAUAUUUAUUUAUGUUGUUUUUAUGGCAGUGGGAAUUCACGCUACUUACGGUUAACAAGUUCGUAAAAUUAAAAAAUUAAAUUAAAAAAAAAAUUAUAUAACAGUUAAUUGAACAAUUAGCAGCUUGCUGUGGGUUUUUGAGACAAAAAUCUCUACAUAAAACAUAUCGCCAUCCCUGUCAUUACCUUUGACAAAAAAGACAUGUUUUAAACGGGGACUUUGGGGUCAGAAACUCACGGUUAGAGAGGCCAAUAUGCUAUGUAUCCUUGCAGGUAUUUAAAUAAUCUUACGUUUGUUCCUAAUUAUAAGUGCACAUAAAUUUCCUUAUAAUGUUAAGUUAAUGUUACAGUAAUUCAUUAUGAUUAAAAAGUUACCAACGAUAAAAUAACAAGAUAAUUUUUAAUAAAGAGUUUCAAGUCAAAUUAAAUAUUCUCGAGCAACUUUAAAAUGUAACAAAAAAAAGAUACUACAAUGUUAGCCUUAGAUGUUAUUCGAUACAUAUAAAAUGUAUUUAAUGUAGAUAAGCUAUUCUUUAUAGACUUUAAAGACUGUAAAUAUUAUAAGUUACGCAAGAUUAA